GCGAGGGCGAUGGGCGGGGCCGGGCGCGAGGGGAAGCGCCUGCAGAGAGCGAGAGGAGCCGGUGCCCGACGGCAUGGAGACGGCCCCAGUUUCCGAGAGCGACAUGGAGAAGGCCACCCUGACCUCGGAAGAGACCCCCGAGGCUAACGAUGGCGUGUACACCUGCUUCAUGAAGUCCCAUCGCUGCUACGACCUGAUCCCCACCAGCUCCAAACUGGUCGUCUUCGACACCUCCCUGCAGGUGAAGAAAGCCUUCUUUGCACUCGUCACAAAUGGAGUGCGGGCCGCUCCGCUCUGGGACAGCAAGAAGCAGAGCUUUGUAGGCAUGCUGACCAUCACGGACUUUAUCAACAUCCUGCACCGCUACUACAAGUCGGCCUUGGUGCAGAUCUACGAGCUGGAGGAGCACAAGAUUGAAACCUGGAGAGAAGUGUACCUGCAGGACUCCUUCAAGCCGCUCGUCUGCAUCUCUCCCAAUGCCAGUCUGUUUGACGCCGUCUCCUCGCUGAUCCGGAACAAGAUCCACCGGCUGCCGGUGAUCGACCCCGACUCCGGAAACACGCUCUACAUACUCACUCACAAGCGCAUCCUCAAGUUCCUCAAGCUCUUCAUUGCUGAGUUCCCCAAGCCGGAGUUCAUGGGCAAGUCCCUGGGGGAGCUGCAGAUCGGCACCUACGCCAAUAUCGCCAUGGUGCGCACCACCACACCUGUCUACGUGGCGCUGGGCAUCUUUGUGCAGCACCGGGUCUCCGCCCUGCCCGUGGUGGACGAGAAUGGCCGUGUGGUGGACAUCUAUUCCAAGUUUGACGUCAUUAACCUGGCCGCUGAGAAGACCUACAACAACCUGGACGUGUCCGUGACCAAGGCUCUGAAGCAUCGCUCGCACUACUUUGAGGGCGUCCUCAAGUGCUACCGCCACGAGACGCUGGAGACCAUCAUCAACCGGCUGGUGGAGGCCGAGGUUCACCGACUGGUGGUGGUGGACGAGCACGACGUGGUGAAGGGCAUCGUGUCGCUGUCGGACAUCCUGCAGGCCUUGGUGCUCAGGGGCGUCGAGGAGCCCUGAGACAGGGGGGCCGCGGUGGCCCCUCCAGAUGGACUGGCCUGUGGACGAC